UGCGGUUCGUUUUGAAAUUUCGAAUAAAAAAAGUUUGCGGUUCGACAGUUCAAAUCCGUUAGAGUGGAAGUAAUUUUUGAAAAACGAGCAAUGGCAAAAUUAUAAAUUAUAAUUAGCAAGCACGAGAAUAACAAAUUGUUGUUGGGUUUGUGCAAAGUCAAGGGCCCUUAGUGUUUGGAAUAAGUUCAAGUUUGGCCAUAACCAGUAAUCCUGCAUAUAAAUGUGAACACAAUAAAGUUUCUGGCCAAGUGAGAGUGGGCGUGUGUCAAUAACCAAGGCAACUAGCAGAAUCGACCAGUCCAGGCAAAAACAGCUUAAACAUAAUCAUUUCGCAGCUUAGAAGGCGUUAAACGCAUUUAAGCCGGGUCAAGUAAGUGGCCGAAAGGACAAAGGACCCGGACCCUGCGGCUUCUGUGGUCAGUUGAAAAGUCUCGAGUGUGAUUGUUCAACGCACAAGAAACCCCAAGGAUACCGAGCAAAAAUUCAGGGAGUGGAGCGAGGAAUCCCAUUUUGCGGCAGCGAGCUUAGUUGGCCAAGAAGUAUCCGCGAUGCUGGGACACGGAAUGUGGUAGGAUGAGCGAGCACGGCCACAUGGACUCGGCGAAUGCCAGCGGGAGUGAUCCCCUCCUGGAGCUGCACAACCUGGAUGGCAUCGGCGACAGUGUGGAGCUGCAGUGCCUGGUGCAGGAGCACAUCGAGGCCUCGACCUACGGCAACUCCAGUGACCACUGUCUCACCCAGUUCGACUCGAUCCUCUGCUGGCCGAGGACAGCCCGCGGAACCCUGGCGGUGCUCCAGUGCAUGGACGAGCUGCAGGGAAUUCACUACGACAGCAGCAAGAAUGCAACGAGGUUCUGCCACGCGAAUGGGACGUGGGAGAAGUACACGAACUACGAUGCCUGCGCCCACCUGCCCGCCCCCGAAUCCGUGCCAGAGUUCGAGGUCAUCGUUGAGCUGCCCACCAUUAUCUACUACAUCGGAUAUACCCUCAGUCUGGUAUCGCUCUCGCUGGCGCUGAUUGUUUUCGCCUACUUCAAGGAGCUGCGUUGCCUGCGCAACACCAUUCACGCCAAUUUGUUCUUCACGUACAUCAUGUCGGCUUUGUUCUGGAUACUCUUGCUGUCCGUCCAGAUUUCCAUCCGAAGUGGUUUGGGCAGCUGCAUAGCCUUGAUAACCCUCUUUCACUUCUUCACCCUGACGAACUUCUUCUGGAUGCUGGUCGAGGGAUUGUACCUCUACAUGCUGGUGGUCAAGACCUUCUCGGGGGACAACCUGCGAUUUAAUAUCUACGCCUCCAUUGGCUGGGGUGGUCCUGCCUUGUUUGUCAUCACCUGGGCGGUGGCCAAAAGCCUGACGGUCACCUACAGCACUCCGGAAAAGUACGAAAUCAACUGUCCCUGGAUGCAGGAGACCCAUGUGGAUUGGAUAUACCAGGGACCCGUCUGUGCGGUCCUAAUCAUCAAUCUCACCUUCCUGCUGCGCAUCAUGUGGGUUCUCAUCACAAAGCUGCGCUCGGCCAAUACAGUGGAGACUCGUCAGUACCGAAAGGCAGCGAAGGCUCUGUUGGUGCUCAUUCCCCUUUUCGGCAUCACCUAUCUGGUGGUGCUGGCUGGUCCCUCGGAAUCUGGCUUAAUGGGUCACAUGUUUGCCGUUCUGCGGGCGGUUUUGCUCAGCACUCAGGGCUUCUCGGUGUCGCUGUUCUACUGUUUCCUCAACUCGGAGGUGCGAAAUGCACUUAGACACCACAUUUCCACGUGGCGGGACACGCGCACCAUCCAGCUGAACCAGAACCGACGCUACACGACGAAAAGUUUCACGAAAGGCGGCGGAUCCCCGCGGGCCGAGAGCAUGCGACCCCUCACCAGUUACUAUGGACGCGGGAAGCGGGAGUCCUGCGUGAGCUCGGCCACCACCACCACGUUGGUGGGUCAGCAUGCCCCACUGUCGCUCCACCGGGGAUCGAACAACGCCCUCCACACGAUGCCCAUUUCGGCGGGGAACGCCAUGAGUUCCGGCAGCACCCUGAGCGUAAUGCCCCGGGCCAUUAGUCCCCUGAUGAGGGUGAGAGGGGGACCCAAAGGAGGCGGAGGUCACCAGUCCAGAUCCUGACUAAUCGUUCUGAAAUUACAGCAAGGACUCGAGGAGAACUCGGUGUAGUAGGCGAACUCAGCCCAGCCACCCAGCAACCCAGCAACUCAGCAACUGCAUCUUAAGAGACUGAACUUUCAUUGAAUUCCACUUCCGUGACGGAGAUCUGCGAGUGCGAUUAGUUAGUUACCACUGUACAUUUUAGCGAGGAGUGCGAUGAAAGAACGAAACCAAGUACCAAGCGGAGCAAGCAAGCAACUUAGGUUAGUCAAUCGUUUUAAACUGUUGGAUGUCGUCGAUGUGAACCGCUGAGAGCCCCAUCCCAUAGGAAAAAUCAUAGGAAAACCCCAAAAGCUAUAAACUUCAAAUUCUAACUCGAUGUGAAAAUGGAUUUACUCUCUGUACAAAACAGCAAAUCUGAGCAUCUA